AUGGGGUGCAAAAGUAAAGUCGAAUUAAAUGUUUGUCAAGUUACUUUCUUAAUAUCUCUUUGUUCUAUUGCUGUUAUUCUUGCUGUUUUCGGUUGGUUUCGUGGAAUUGAUAUAGGAGAUUAUGAAGCAUCAUCAGCUUCAUCGAAAAGUCAUAAUACAGUCGCGUCAGUUGUUCAUGCUCCCCUACGAGCAAUGCCACAUGCCGAUGACAUCGGUUCACCUCCUCUAUUAAAUAAUGCACAUUCCUAUGUUCAAUGGACAUUUCUACAAAUGAAUGAUGUUUACGAACUAAAACCACUAGGUGGUGGUACCAAAGGUGGUAUGGCUCGUGUAGCAACAAUAAGAAAAUUACUUCUUCAAGAAAAUCCAAACACAAUUACUGUUGUAUCGGGCGAUGUUGUUAGUCCAUCUGCAUUAGGUAAUAGUGUUGUUAACGGAUCGAUGUUAAGUGGACGGCAAAUGAUUGGUACAUUAAACGUUCUUGGUCUUAAUUAUGCUACAUUAGGAAAUCAUGAAUUUGAUUUAAAAGAAAUAUCAUUACGACGUCGUUUAGAUGAAUCAAAAUUCGAAUGGAUAGGAUCAAAUGUUUAUGAGCUGAAUACAACGAAACCAUUUCAUAAUAUAGCACCAUAUAAAAUUCUAACAAUCGCAAAUGUUAAAAUACUUCUUAUUGGUUUAACUAUAGAUGAUAAUCUUGGACCAUCAUCAGCUCCAGCUUAUGUUCAUAUAACAUCACAACGAACAUUACCACACUUUACCACACAAUAUAUAAAACAUCUUCGUGAUGAAUUAAAAUUACAAUGGGAUAUACUUAUUGCGUUAACGCAUCUUAAUCUACAAAAUGAUAUUGAUAUAAUAGAACAAAAUCCAGAUAUUCAUGUACUACUAGGUGGACAUGAACAUGAAAACUAUUAUUUAAAACGUGGAUCAAAGUAUACUCCUAUAUAUAAAGCAGAUGGUAAUGCAUUUUCAGUAUUCAUUCAUCGUUUCGCCUAUCAACCAACAACAAAACAAUUAUUAAUCUAUUCUAAACUUGCACAAGUAUCAGAAAAAUUUUCUGAGGAACCCCACACAGCUGAAAUUGCUGAUUAUUACUAUCAAGCCGGUUUACAAGCAUAUCGAGAUCAAGGUUAUAUACCUGAACGUGAAGUAUGUACUUUACCAUCUGGCUUUAAUUUAGAUGGUCGCUCAGCAAUAAUACGUUCUCAACAAACGUAUUUAACACGAGCAUUAUGUUAUUCUAUGAUGGCUGUAACUAAUACAACAAUAUGCGUAUUUAAUGCAGGUGCUAUUCGUAUUGAUGAUCAAUUAACAGGUACAAUAACUCAAUAUGACAUAUUACGUUGUUUACCAUUUGCAGCAAAUCUUAUCACAAUACAUAUUAAUGGUACAGCACUUAAUAGAGUAUUAAAUCGUGGUUUAAUGAAUAUAAAUAAUGGCAUGUUUAUAUCCUAUGCUGGUUUAGAAUACGAUGCUUCAGCAGAAAAAUGGUAUCUACAAUCGAAUCAUCAAUUAGUUGAUGAUGAAAAUUUACAGAUAACUUUUGUUUCAAUACCUUACUUUUUUCAUAGUACAGAUUUAAAACAUUCAUCAACACAUUUGGGUACAUAUACACCAAUUACAAGAGCUUUUAUUGAUUAUCUUGAAAAAACAUAUAAAAAAACGAGACGUCGUUCAUCGUCUUGA